AUUUCCCUGCGCUCAAGGCAAGAAAGCUGGACCGAAGAGUCUGCCAGGCCGGACCCCGCCGAGCAGCCAUGCAGCGGUCCCUACGUCGCAUCCCCGGGCUGCUGCUGGCGCUGCUGGCGCUGGCGGCGCAGGCCCCCGCCCAGCUACGACCCGCGCUGUGGCCCCUUCCGCGCUCGGUGGAAAUGUUCCCGCGGCUGCUGUACAUCGCCACGGAGAACUUCAACAUCGUACACCACCCCAAUUCCACUGCGGGCCCCUCGUGCUCGCUGCUGCAGGAGGCGUUUCGGCGAUAUUACAACUAUAUUUUUGGCUUCUACAAGAGGCAUCAUGGCCCUGUUAAGUCUCAAGGUGGUCCACAGUUACAGCAGCUUCUGGUUUCAAUUACCCUGGAGUCACAGUGCAACGCCUUCCCCAGCUUGUCUUCGGAUGAGUCCUAUUCUCUACUUGUCAAAGAGCCGGUAGCUCUCCUCAAGGCCAACAGAGUUUGGGGAGCACUGCGAGGUUUAGAGACGUUUAGCCAGCUAGUUUACCAAGACUCUUACAAUGCUUUCGUCAUCAGCGAAUGCAGUAUUGCCGAUUCUCCGCGGUUUGCUCAUAGAGGGAUUUUAAUUGAUACAUCCAGACAUUAUCUGCCCGUGAAGACAAUUUUAAAGACUCUGGAUGCCAUGGCUUUUAAUAAGUUUAAUGUUCUUCACUGGCACAUAGUGGACGACCAGUCUUUCCCAUAUCAGAGCACCACUUUUCCUCAACUAAGCAUGAAAGGAAGCUAUUCUUUGUCUCAUGUCUACACACCAAAUGACGUCUAUACAGUGAUUGAACAUGCCCGAUUCCGAGGGAUUCGAGUUAUACCAGAAUUUGAUAGUCCUGGACAUACAGAGUCUUGGGGGAAAGGUCAGAAAGACCUCCUAACUCCAUGUUACAGUCAAAGAAGGCAAACGCAAAGGGUUGGACCUGUAAACCCAAUUCUAAAUACAACUUACACAUUCUUUGCCACAUUUUUCAAAGAAAUCAGCAGUGUGUUUCCAGAUGAGUUCAUUCACUUGGGAGGAGAUGAGGUGGAUUUUGAAUGCUGGAUAUCAAAUCCAAAUAUCCAAGACUUCAUGAAGAAAAAAGGCUUUGGCAAGGAUUUCAAAAAACUAGAAUCUUUUUAUAUUAAAAAGAUUUUGGAUAUUAUUACACCCUUGAAGAAGAGCUCCAUUGUUUGGCAAGAGGUUUUUGAAGAUGGAGUGACGCUUCAGCCAGGCACGGUGGUUGAAGUGUGGAAGAGUGAAAAUUACUUAGAGGUGCUAAGAGAAGUCACAGCAGCGGGAUUACCUGUGAUCCUGUCUGCUCCUUGGUACCUGGACCUUAUCAGCUAUGGGCAGGACUGGAGACGGUACUACAAGGCAGAGCCUCUUGACUUUACUGGUUCUGAGAAGCAGAAACAACUUGUCAUUGGUGGAGAGGCUUGCCUAUGGGGAGAAUAUGUGGAUGCAACUAACCUUAUUCCAAGGCUAUGGCCUCGGGCAAGCGCUGUUGGUGAGAGACUCUGGAGUCCUAGAACUGUCAACGACUUGGAGAAUGCCUACAGCAGACUGGUGGCACAUCGCUGCAGAAUGGUCAGCCGUGGAAUAGCUGCACAACCUCUUUUUACUGGACACUGUAACUCUGAGAAUAAAGUAGAAAACUGACAGAAAGUCUUCAGCAUUCUGAACUAUAAUCAUGUUGAUUUUGAAGUCAUGUAAAUCAAGAUUUGUUAGGCUGUUUUUCUAAAUAAACCAUCUGUUUAUUGAUUGAAUCUCUCUGCCUGUAUCACACACUGAAUACUGGCAUCUUUUAUGUGAACAGCUUAAAAAAUAAAAGGAAAAGUGUAGUGAU